AGUAGAUUCUCCGAAAAACAGGCACAAGAUUCCCAUUCCAACAGCUCAACUCAAUUUCUAUUGGUCAACUCUCUCUCUCUUUCGCCCUGACGUUUCUUCAGAAUUGAAAAGAGAGAGAGACAGAGAGCAUCAGCAAUGGCGGGAGGAUGGCGGCUGCUGGCAGCAGAUUUCGCGAUGUCUUUCAUGUGGGUGUGGUCCAGCGUUCUAAACAAGACUUUUGUGCACAAAAUCUUGGGUUAUGGACCUCACGAUCUCGACGCCCAAAUUGUCAGAUACGCUCUCUCCAUUCUCAACAUGUUCUUCUUCGCCCUCAUGGUCAAGGUCACCAAAGGUGGAGCUUACAACCCCCUCUCUCUCCUCUCCGCCGCCUUCACCGGCGAUUUCUCUAAUUUCCUCUUCACUCUUGGCGCCAGAGUUCCUGCCCAGGUCGUUGGGGCAAUUUACGGCGUAAGGCUCAUCUUGAGUACGUUUCCUGGGAUAGGACGAGGGCCUGUCUUGAAUGUCGGUAUUGCUAAGGGUGCGCUGACAGAAGGUCUGCUAACAUUUUGCAUCGUAUUCAUCUCCCUCGGGCUGGCUAGAAAGGUUAAGGAUAGUUUCUUCAUGAAAACAUGGAUUUCCAGCUUAUCUAAGCUCAGUCUGCAUACCCUAGGCGCGGACCUAACCGGUGGCUGCAUGAAUCCAGCCUCUGUGAUGGGGUGGGCUUUUGCUAAUGGGGAGCAUAUCACUAAGGAGCAUUUGGUUGUUUACUGGCUUGCUCCGGUUCAGGCCACUUUCGCAGCAGUUUGGGUGUUUGGCAUACUAGCUCGUGGUAAAAACAACGAGGAGAAAUCCAUAGCUGCUAAGAAGGAUGCAGCUACAAAACUGAAGUCUGCAGAUUAGAGAUGAUAGCAGUCUUGAUUCUUUUGAUGUAUGUUAGAAUAUUGCAAUUGUAUUAGUGCCGUGAUGAACAUAUGAAUUUGUGUUAUAAAUAAUCUUGGUGCUAAUUUUAUUCA